UGAACUCUCCUGCGAACCCGUGGGACCGUUUCUCUUCUGUCUGUUUACGUUUCGUGCUUUUUUUCGUUCCCUUCCAGGCGUCCAAGAAAGAAAUUAUUGCAGUGAUCAAGCCCGCUCGCCCAGGAAACGGACUCGGAUACCCGAUUAGGAAAGGAAAACAGGCCUGGAAAGAGCAAGAGUGAAAUAGCGGAUGAAUGAUGGCCGACUUUGCCUACCGCGCGCCUGCCGUUAUGGCCAACGAGCGGUGGCUUUCUUCACGCAGGUGGGAGGCGAACGAACCCAUCCGGCGCGCAUGCCAGCUGACGGCUCUCCCAAGCCCAAUUCAGAAUAAUGCAUUCUAUAAUGCCAGGUUUGAGACGGGCAGCACACCGUCUCUGCCGCAGAGCCUGACCUACGCACACGGCGCGGCAUCAACAAAUAACCUACCGGCCACCUUGUCAGCAGCUGGCGCCAACCAGUUGGGACGGGUACCCGUCACCGAGCCUGUUUUUUCUUCUGCUGCUUGCGAUCCUCGACUGACACAAGGGCCUUACACAAACUCGGUGCCGUCCGGCCAACGCCCGCCUCACAGGGAUAUGAGCGCAUGGGGUUGGGACCAUUACCAAGGAAACCAGCAGGGGAAUCGCCAGGAUAUUUAUCAGGGACCUUAUCAUGGGCCCUACCAGGGCAGGUAUUCGCCAUCAGAUUCCAUGGAUGAUCUCGUUGCUUCGCCAAGUCUCUCGGACUAUUCUUUGGAGAACGGGAAUGGUGCCGCCGUGGCGCCACCACCACAGAAUGGCAAGCCCAAAAUGAGUGGGAAGCCGCGCUCACAGAGGCGGCCGUCCAACCGGGACGAGUUCGAUGGACCACACCAGUUCCUGAAGCGGCCGCCGCCCGAGUAUAUUGCCAUGCAGGAGCGAGAGCUGCCGCAUCUACCGACGCACCUCCUGGUUCAAGAACAGGAUAGUGUCCUAACGCAGGUCAACGACCGGUUAUCGCAGUGUGCAUAUGACUUUGUGGCAAAGUACCAGUUCCCCAUCCCGCUGACCCAAGACAUGCGUCCCGUCGAGCGGCCGCGGGACCGCGAGUGGACAGAGUGGGUAUACCUUCUGAAGAGACUGGCCACCAAGCGGCGGAUUCCGGCGCGUGUGCUGUACAAUGGCCAGAUCAAGCAGUUCGUCACCAUCCUCGAGAACUCGCUCGAGAUGCGCCAUGCAGCCAAGCAAGGGUCCCGCCCGCUCAAGGACGACCGGAACAUUCUGCAGCUGAUCUCGGCCGGGAUACAGGUUGCCAAGAUUCUCAAAGAUGCGCAGGCUAUGGAUUACUUGGAUAGACUCUACGUUUCAACGGAGAAGCAGAUUCAGGAAAGGGCGGCGGCAUCUGCCGCUGCCGCCGCCGCUGCGGCGAGGUUUCGCUGAUUCUGAUCAGAAGGGAGAUGACUCGUGCAGUCAUCCCCUUGCCGUGUUCACGGCUUGGUUGGGAAGAAAAACCCAAUCGAACAACGUUGCCAUUUCUUUUUGCCUGUUUUGGUUGCUUUGCCUGUGGUCUGAUCCGGAAGGCCUUUCCCCUUUUUUUCCUGGGACCACCAAGACACCACAUUACGUUCUCAACUUUUUCACACGCCGUUUGGUAUGACCAUUUGGAUACCA